UGGAAAAAAAGUUCCUGGUAUCCACGCAGCGUUGUCAGUCAGUGACGGUCUCAUCAUCAUCCGGGCUGACGAACAUAAUGCAAUUCAAGGAGUGCUUGAUCGGGAAGGAUGAAUUUUUCAAAUCGCGUUAACACGUUUCCAAUUAAAGACACGCCGGGGUAAUCCGGUGGGACCGAUUACGUCUGCGAAUAGACAGUAAAAGGCUGGGAAAGAUCGAACGAAAGUUACCAAACAAAGGUUGCCAAGUGGACUUUUAUUGUUUACCACCCACCUCAAGUCGAUAAUAUCAUAUUGAACUACCACAUGCAUCGUAUACUAUAUAAGGGCCUGCGCUGGGAGGCACUGCAGAAAUGGUGUAGUUUAUGGAAUAAAGUGCACACCGGGAGAAAUUAUUUAUUCUGUGAGCAAGUUUCAGGAAAACAAAAACGACACCGCUUGCAAAGAGAGGGGGCAGAAUAUAUUUUGAAGAGCCACGGAGUCGCAGCCGGGAGGCUUUAACCUGAUCCCAACAUCAGAAAUGAACAGCCCGAAGUCGCUGCUAUUCUUUGGACUGAUACUUCUCAUUAGCACAGCUGGAUAUUGCAAAGAGAGGACAGAUCUCACAGAGUUAGGGGAGAACAAACCCCUCUUUAACUUAAUAUUGGAAAUCAUAAAUCAUUUACAAAAACACCGGGAAGAGGAAACCAAUGAGGUCGACUACCUUCCACAACCUGUCGAUUAUACGCUUGAUUCCUGGGAAUUGCCUGACAAUGAGGUGUAUCGUAAGGAGGAGAGAGUUGAAAUCGUGCCCAGAGAUCUGAGGAAGAUGAAAGACAAGUUUUUGAAACAUUUAACAGGUCCACUUUACUUCAGCCCCAAGUGUAGCAAACAUUUCCAUCGGCUGUACCACAACACCAGGGACUGUACCAUACCAGCAUAUUAUAAAAGAUGUGCCAGACUUCUCACAAGAUUGGCAGUCAGUCCGAUGUGCGCUAAAGGCUAAACACGAUUACAGCCGGUAUCAACAUUAAGAUAUCCCCAGAACCAAGAAAAGUGCCUUGGAAAACAACAGGGAAACACAUUGAUCUCAGUACCUUUAUAACAUAUUCCAUUGUGAACAAAGAUUUAUUUUUGCAAACUGAUCGAUUACCUCCAUGAACUCAUUAAUGUGCAUUUUGUAUGUUGUCAACAUUAUUUCUGUAAUUCUGUACAUUAGUAUAAAUAACUGCCAAUGUUACAAAGGCUGAACAUUUAAGAAAACAACAACACUUCACUGUUUUCCUGC